GGUGGAAAGCACACUCCCGAUGUUAUCCCGCACUGCCGUCCAACCCCCCCUCCGCAUCCAGUAACCGCACCACUAACCCUCAACAUACCAUACUCAUCUACUGAUAUCCCGAACCCAGACCUUUCACCCGACCCCUAACAUACACCACGCCCCGCACCAUGCGUCUUCCCUACGCCCCCUCCUCCCCACCGACCGCCGACCCCGCGACCGAAGACAUCUACACACGGAUCGCCGCCCGCCGGCAUCCGCGGCCGCUCAUCCCCCUCGAUCUCUCGCUGCUGCACUCCCCCCCAGUCGCCGACGGCUGGAACAGCUUCCUGGGCGCGAUCCGCACCCAGACCGUCAUCGACCAGGGUCUCCUCGAGCUGGCCGUCUGCCGGGUCGCCGUCCUCACCACCGCCAUAUACGAGUGGAACGCCCACGCCCCGCUAGCCCUGAAGGGAGGCAUCCGGCCGGAGGAACUCCAGGCCGUGCGCACGCUGUCGUCCCUGGCCGACGGGGCUGUCGAGGCCUCUGAGGCGCUGGAGCAGAGCGUGUUGACGGCCCAGCAGAAGGCGAUUGUGCGGUAUGCGGACGAGAUGACGCGGACGGUGCGCGUGCGGGAUGAGACCUUCGCCGGGCUGCAGCAGACGGGGUUCUCCGAUCGUGAGAUCGUCGAGUUGACUACGGGCAUCGCGGGGUAUAAUUGCGUCAGCCGCGUGCUAGUGGCUUUGGAUGUGGGGGAGAAUAAUGAUAAGGAGAUGAAGAGUGUGGAGGAGUUGGUGGCGGGGUUGAAAUAGAAAUCGUCAAUUCAAUUUUCACCUCCGGUUCUACUACGUAUGUUACUUGAGCUUUGCUGAUGGUUCUAGCUGUAGGCGCUUCGCCGAUAGCAGAUGCUCGAUGUCUAGACAUCUGGAUUGCUUCGCGAGACUGGAGUGAGUGAAAGAGGGGUUGGAUCAUGUUCAACUAAACUAUUCCCUGCCGCUCUUUUCAGGGUGCGGGUGUGAGAAACGGCCUUGAUUAUGCUGCAUGAUUAUGUAUAGAUAUCUCAUGUUAAUAUAUACUCUGGCGAAUCGGGAAUGGCCCGCGUCCCCUUCAUCUCGGUCAUGGUCUCGU